CCAUCUGAGAUGGGGACGACCUCUCUACAAAGGACGCUUGUUUCAACCCCAUGCCAAUACUUAUUUGACCUCCGAGAUAGGGACGACCUCUCUACAAGGGACAAAAUCGUUGGUCCCAUAGUGUCCCUUGUUCGGAGGUUCCACUGUACUUCACUACCUCUUAGGUACAAACACAGAUGUUUAGUUUAACUUUUGUUAAUAGGAGGCGGUGGGAGGGCGGACCACCCGAAAGAGAAAGAGAGAAGAGAACGCUGGGCCAAGACCAAGAGGAAAGAAGUUUUGCAGAGGAGUACUGGACGAGGAAGGCUAUCACAGUGGCACCACUGCAGUAGUCUGUCUACUGCGACAAGACUCGCUGACCGUAGCCAAUGCUGGAGACUCAAGAUGUGUCGUCUCAUGUGCAGGUAAAGCAGUGGACAUGUCCGAAGACCACAAACCAACUGACGAACCAGAGUUGUCGCGUAUUCAGAGAGCCGGUGGUCACGUUGGAGCGGACGGGAGGGUCAACGGAGGGUUAAACCUCUCCAGGGCAAUAGGAGACCACUUCUACAAGGAGAACUCUGAGCUGUCUCUGGAGGAGCAGAUGAUCACAGCACUGCCAGAUGUACAGUCAAGAUCUCUGCAGACUGAAGACGAGUUUGUUGUACUGGCCUGCGAUGGGAUAUGGAACACUAAGUCAAGUCAGGAGGUGGUGGAUUUUGUUGGGCAGAAGUUGAGAGAGGGAGUGAGAGAGAGAGAAAUGCAGUCUCUGGGAGCUCUUCUGGAGACAGUCUGUGAGGAGCUGUGUGACGACUGUCUGGCGGCAGAUACAGACAACGAUGGGACCGGAUGUGACAAUAUGACAGCGACUAUUGUUCUUCUUUCACCUCCUUCUCCCUCCCUCCCUUCUCUCCCUCCACCAAUCUAACCACAUAACACUAUUUCACCAGUUCUUUCAUUUCACCAUUAUUUUUGCACUUUAUUCACCAGCUCUUUGUCUUCUAAAAUACAGUGUUUUGGCAUAAUAUUAGAGUAAUUAUGACUACACAGUCUGUUUUUAUGCCCAAAUUUGACGGUGUUCUAUGCGCAUGCGCGUGACCGACGUCGACGUGCAGUGCACAUCAAGUCUCUCGCGGCUUCCGAUGCAGAAC